AUGGUUGUGGUGGUUCCUCUUGAUUGCUUCUCUUUCUACCAUUGUCUUCGCAAUCACACGACCCAUCUGCCGCUUUACUCCAGAUCCUCCACCACCACCUCCACUCUCUGCUUCCGCCCUCCCAUAAUUCAAGCCAAGUUGCCCUUUUUCACCAACUCCGACUCCUUUCAAGUGGGUCGACCCAUUGGCACCUAUGGCUUCAUCAACGUCACCAGCUACUCUUCCUUUUCCUCUGGGCCUGGCACUGACUAUUCAAUUGAGGACUUGGGAGGACUGAAAACUCAAGAUGUUGGAGAAGGCAAUGUCAAAAUCAGGCUUUAUGAAGGGAGAGUUUCUCGGGGUCCACUUAAUGGAACUCCGGUUACUUUUAAGGUUUAUCCUGGAAGGCGAGCUGGGGGAGUCGUGGCUGAUGCACUCGCUGCAAAUGAGUUGACUACACACUUGUUUCUUCAGAGCAGUUCUAAAGGUAUUGCUCAGCAUCUUGUGCUGCUUGUAGGUGGGUUUGAAACAGCCACUGGAGAGCAGUGGCUUGCAUUUCGUGAUGAUGGGAAAUAUAGCGUGGCAGACUAUGCAAAAAUUGUAAGCGAGAGGUUAUCAAAAAACCGAGAAGUGUCAUCCUGGAAUCCCUUUGAACAAGGACUGACAAUCAAAAGGAGACAAAAUUUUAUUAUAAAGCUGCUCCAAGGUGUCAUGAAGGGUCUAGCUUACUUACAUGAUCAUGAUAGAUUGCACCAAAGUCUAGGACCGUUUUCUGUGGUUCUCAACACAAUUUCAGAAAAAGAAGGUUCUAAUUUGAUUCCAAGACUCCGGGAUCUAGCCUUUUCUGUUAAUGUCAGGUACACGGAACUAGAUGCUUCAGGACAGCUUGCAGAGGGGCUUUGGAGAAGAGCAUCAGCUGCUGGUGCAUUCACACAAAUGGAGAAAAGAGCUUUUGGAAUAGCUGAUGACAUAUAUGAAGCAGGUCUUCUUUUCGCAUACUUGGCUUUUGUUCCAUUCUGUGAGGCUGGUGUAAUGGAUAGCCUUUCCUUGCAAAGGCUUUUGGAGAACACUUUCCGACUUGAUCUUGAAGCAACACGAGAGUAUUGUCUAGCAGAUGACAGAUUAGUAAAUGCUGUUGAGUUCCUGGAUCUAGGAGAUGGUGCUGGUUGGGAGUUACUUCAGGCAAUGCUUAAUGCUGAGUUUCGAAAAAGACCAACUGCAGAGGCUGUCCUCAAUCAUCGGUUUAUGACAGGGGCAGUCCUUUGA